UCUCCUCCUGCAUUGGAACAAGACGCGUGCCAAUGGUGCCGUCACAAUGGCAAUAGAGGCCAAGUCGGGAGCAGCCAGUUCCGGAUGGCUCACUCUUAACACUCUCUCCCCUUGCCCCUUGUCCCCUACCUACGCCAGCCUGCUCCUGCAUUGGAGCAAGGCGCGUGCCAACGGCGCACUCACAAUGGCGGUAGAGGCCAAGUCAGGAGCAGCAAGGUCGGGAUGGGCGCGUGCCAACGGCGCACUCACAAUGGUGGUAGAGGCCAAGUCAGGAGCAGCAAGGUCGGGAUGGGUGUCUCUUAACCUCUCUUUCCCCUGCCCCCACUUCCCCCCUACCCCAAUCUGCUCCUGCCAUUGGAACAAGGCGCGUGCCAACGGCGCACUCACAAUGGUGGUAGAGGCCAAGUCAGGAGCAGCAAGCCUACUCCUGCAUUGGAACAAGGCGCGUGCCAACGGCGCACUCACAAUGGCGGUAGAGGCCAAGUCGGGAGCAGCCAAGUCUGGUUGGAUUUCUCUCGCAUGGACCGCCAACAACAAGAUGGCUCCUGCCGAUGCUGUUUUCGGGAAUCUAGCGGGCGGCAAAGUGGCGCGUACUACAUCAACGGGUACACUUACCCUCAUGUGGGCCUAUUCCCCCCUGCCCACUGCUCCCACCACUCCCCACCACUCCCCACAUUUCAUCCCCCUUUGUCCUCAUCCCCUCAGCCACUCCCCACCUCUCUCCACCACUCAUCUGCUUCGUCCCCACUCUCUCGAGUUCGCGCGCAAGCAUUCCACGGGGUCUGUAUCGCGCUUCCUGGCGUUCAACACAAUCAGACUCCUGUGGGCCUACUCCACCCUCCCAUUCACCGGUCCCAACCGCUCCCCACCUUUGUCCACCUCCCUCCACUUGCUCAGGUUCUCUCUCAAGCAUUCCACGGGGUCUGUAUCGCGCUUCUUGACGUACAACAGAAACAGACUCCUGUGGUGUGGGCAUACUCCCCUUCCACCGCACUCAACCAAUCCCCACCUCUCUCUUCCACCUGUCAUCUCCGUCUAUUCCCACUCCUCCCUCAGGUUCUCUCGCAAGCAUUCCACGGGGUUUGUAUCGCGCUUCCUGGCGUACAACAAGAACAGACUCCUUGGAAGGAUCACUGUGGAUUUCUCCUGCAAGACUGCUGCUACUGGUGGGGGCAAAGGAGGGGGUGAAGGAGAUGCGGAAGACAAUGAUGACCGUGACUGA